UGCGAUUCCAUCUUCCACCCUGCGUCGUCCAUACAGCAGAUCGACUCUGUCUCGCAGCUUCGAGCUGCACCGACACCAUGAGCGUCGCCCGCUCCUCCGAGUGCCUUUUCUGCCUCUUUUCACGUUCCUCUCGCCCAAAGUCCUUCCCUCGCCGCCAGUUCCAUUCCUCCCCUGUCCACCAAAAACGAAAACCCCGGUUCCCCAGCGUGAAAGCCGAGAUCAGCCAGGUCGAUCUCAAUGCACAGGCCAAAGAAUUUGCUGCGGUACAAAAUGGCAUGAUUUCUGAGCGAUACUCUCCAGAGCAGCGUGCAGCAAUUGAGGCAGCUCGGAAACUCAUCGACCUCGAACAAAUGCAAAAGCAGACGGGCAUGCGGACAGAUCCCUGGAAGCUGAAAUACUACGACGAAUUGACCAAAAUCGAUCCGGUGGUAGAUAAGCCAAUGCGGGCACCGAUGACCAAUAUCGAUGACAAGUCUAGGCUAAAGACAGAUGAAGAGCUGGAAGAUGAUUUCGUCAAGUUCAUCAAUCAGAUACCUGAGCCCAAACACGAAAACGACUACGACCAGGAGCUAUGGGACAAGUUUGACAAGAACCUACGCAUGACAGUCGGACGCGAAGAGGCGGAGAGGAACCCCCCGACGGCACUUGCGCCAGACUUGCCGAGAAUUUCGGAGCCUGCCAGAGCCCAGAAAAAGAAAUCGAGAGGAGACGAGGAGGGGUCUGGGAAAAAGGAUAGAGUCGUUUCUCCUGCUCUCUUGCAGUUGAUGCAGAUGACUGGAUACAGCGAGAAGCAAAUAGCACAACUCCGGGUCAAAACCGUUAUCCAACAUCGCGUUGUGAAUCAGACAAGGCUGGGCAAGAUUCAGAAAAUGUAUUGUUUGAGCAUCGCCGGCAAUGGCCAGGGUCUCAUCGGCAUAGGAGAAGGGAAAUCGCAAGAAGGCUCUGCAGCUAUCGUUCAGAGCCAGUACCGUGCUAUUCGAAAUAUGGCCCCCAUUCUGCGGUACGAAAAUCGAACCAUCUAUGGCGAUCUGAAGGCCAAGGUCAGCGCCACGGAGCUGGAAUUAUACGCAAGACCACCAGGCUUCGGACUACGUUGUCAGCAGUACAUCUGGGAGAUUUGCAGAUGUGCAGGUAUUUACGAUCUGGCUGCGCGUGUAACACGAUCAAGGAAUCCCAUGAACACGGUCAAGGCUGCAGUCCAGGCUCUAUUGAGCCAGAAGCAUCCAGAGGAUAUCGCGAGAGCUAGAGGCAAGAAGUUGGUGGAUGUUCGCAAAGUGUACUAUGCAGGCCAAACAUAGAAAGGGACUUUGUAUAUUAUCAUCCCCGACCAAACAUAGACAGCACUCCAUCUUGAGUCUCUGUCGUGUUCUGUACAAAACCAGGGCGGCCAGGAUUUCGACUGGCGAAGGGAUCCACCUCCAAAAUGCAGAUUCCUUUGACAAGUCCUUGUCGUGCGUCGUUAUUUUGCGUAG